AUGUUGACGGCUCUCCGAUCUCGUUGCUCCUCUCUUAUUCAAGAUCAAUCAUGGAAGCUAGGUUUAUCUUGUGCUCCGAAUCGCAUCUUAGCCUCCUCUCCAUUUUUUUCUUCAACCGCGGGGGCCAAAGAUGUCUCAGAGAUUCUCACUCUUCCCGAAGUGGAGAAGAUACUCGCCGACGUGAAAGCUGAUAACGUUACGGUGGUUCCAACUCACAAUCACUGCUUCUGGGCCGAUUACAUGGUCGUCCCCACCGGAAGAUCCGAUUGCCACUUAAAAAACAUCGCUCAAGCAUUAGUCUAUAAGGCCAAGCAAAAGCAGAAAGGAGCAAAACAUAUAAUGCUGCCUUCUGUGCAAGGGUACGAUAGCAAGUGGGUUGUCAUAGACUACGGAAAGUUUGUAGUCCAUGCACUUGAUGAGAAGGCCAGGGUUUAUUUCAAUUUGGAAAGCCUUUGGACUGCUGAAACAUCUGGUACUGAUUCUUCUGAUCUUCAGGAUCUUCAAAAGGCUUUUGUAAAGGUCAGACCAAUAAACAAUUCGAAAAGGAAACCGGCGAAAGUGAGUUCUUGAUUCUGUUCGAUGGACAUACAA